GUGCAGGCCUUUGCUGCAGCUUCAGUGCUGUGGGAGUGCAUGCUGCCAUAGCACAGAGAAGCAAUAGCAAAAGCAAGAAGCUGUAACAUCUGCUUAGGAAAGGGAAAAUGAGAUUCUAGUGCUAACUGCUUUAAAAGUACUUGGAGAUUCCUACUGUGCCGCAGCACUAUAAGCUGUAAAUGUGCAGAUAAACGCCAUAACUGUCCUUCCUCCUCUUUCCAGCUGACAUUUGCUCCUCAGCCUUCAAAGCUCCAGCAUUACUAUCUCAGCAACCCAAGAAGAGCUACCCAGGGUGAGGUACCGCAAUGCAGGAGAAGUGAAGUCAUAGGAAAACAGGAGACAAUGUAACAAGAUGGCGGCCGCCGGUGAGGAGCGGUGCCCGGGCAGCCCGCAGCUUGGCGCCGAGGCCCUGGGGGGCCGCCGCUGCUCCUCGCCCGAGGAGACCACGCUGGAAGUGAGUUGGGUUCAGGGAUUCUCAAACAAGAACUUUGGCUUUAUCAACAAUCAAACUGUCUGCUACUCCUGUGGCAAUUACAUCCUCUUCUUGGACAUUAAAACAAAGAAGACAACAGCACUGCAGUGUCAGACUGGCCAGGUGGGAGCCUUUGCGGUGAACCCCAACCAUGGAGUGCUGGCCUUUUCAGAUCGGAAGCUGAAUCCUGUCAUAUAUAUCUACAGUUUUCCAGAGCUGAAUAAACUGACAGAGUUAAAAGGUCACAUUCAGUUGGACUAUGCCUUACUUGCAUUUAGUUUCUUGGGUCCAUAUCUAGCCAGUUACUCUUCAUUCCCAGACUUUGUUCUUUCAAUAUGGAACUGGCAAGAAAAUAUUCUCCUGUGCAGUGAGUCUCAGCCAGGAGUAGAAGCAACCUCCAUAAGUUUUAAUCCUAUGAACUGGCAACAGCUCUGUUUUGUUACUGAGAGCUCUGUUACUAUCUGGCAUAUUGAAAGAAAUCAUGACGAGCAUUGUCUUAUACAAAACCCUGUGAAACUCCCUGAUGGGCAAGGUUCUCUGAAUCAUCAUAAGGAUUUGUUUUUCCCAUAUUCUUGUGUUGAAGAUCCCUACCAUGGCCCUAUUAUGCCAGUUUCAGCCAUUGCUGGACUGGUAGGAGAUGAAGCAGAAACAUUCAUGCCUAGAACUGAUAUUAAGCCUUUAUUGCAUCCUACUGCCCACUGCUGGACUGCAACCUCUGACGUUUACCUGGGCUGUAAAGAAGGUUAUAUUUUGGCAAUUGAUACUAAGAAAUGCAGUGCUUCUAUUAUUCAACAAAAACCUCUACCUGAACAGGUACGUAAAGUAUCAGACAUGUUGGACUACAUUCGUAGAGAAGUACAGAAAAAGAAAGGUGGCAAACUAAAGGCUCUGCAAAGAACAGUUGUGUUUACCAUGGCAUUUUGUAAUGAGGGACUGUACACAGCUGGAAUUGAGGGCGUUUUAUAUGUUUAUCGCAUCAGAGGUCUCCAGUAUGAGAUGGAAAUCUGCGCUGACAUCUCAGAACCCAUAUCCUCCCUAAUAUUCUCUCCUGAUUACACAAUACUUCUGAUUAUUACAGAUCAGGGGAAAAUCUAUUCUUACGAACCUGCCCACCAUGGAGAAGCUGUCAAACUCGUGAAUGCAUUCAGCAGUUAUUUGCUGGCUGCUGAUUUUCUUACUCUGGGGGACAAGUACUGUGUGUCUGUAACAAUUUCAGGGGAAGUAAAAGUUUGGCUUCUGGAAAAAGGGACUUGCCUCAGCGUGCUAAACCUGGAUAUUGAGGCAACUGCUAUGGCUUGCUGUCCCUCUUCAAACAGUGUUGCUGUAGGAACAAAAGGGGGUCAAAUCUAUUUUAUUGACAUUACCAAAGUUGAAGCUCCACGGGUUGUUCACAGAAUUUUUCUUUCCAAAUUUCCAGUACUAUCUUUGCAUUAUGAUCAGGGUGGCCAGUUCCUCAUAAUUAGAGCAAUGGAAGGAUAUAUCUUUAUUCUAGAUGCUCGGCCUUCAAAAUUAUUCCAGGUUCUUGGAUAUGUAGUGUUGGCAGGUGAGGUGCUGAGUCUUUCAGUAGUUUCUGACUUCAAGAACAGUGUAGUUGAAGUGAUGGUGGUGCUUAAUGUAGCAGAGAUCCAACAAACAAGGCUGGAAAUUUUUUGCCUGCCACCAACACUCAUGGAAGGAAUUGAUAAGUAUGUUAAUGAUCAAGGAAUGCUAAAUGCUAGUGCCAUUAAAAAGGAGCAAUAUGUUCUGGAGUACCCUUUGAGUUCAGCAGUCAGACUGAAGGAUAACAUUGUGUAUGGCUACUGUACCUGUGCACCUUUCAUCUGUAAAUACAAUCUCUCUAAACAGAGCAUUUUGGAAGAUCCACCAGUAUUUUUAUCAGAAAAGAUGAUUCCUAGCAAUCAGUUUGGAUCAGGAUUCAUCUGUUUGUCACCCAACAGCCAAUGGCUGGCAUCAGCAGCAAAGGAUGGUGUUUUGUUUAUCUACGAUACUUCUACUAUGGAGAUACUUGCUCAAAACUAUUGUCACUCAUAUGAAGGAGGGGGAAUCAGAUCUGUGGUAUUUUCACUAGAUGGCAAAUUCAUCCUGGUCAAUGGUGAAAGUGAUGGUGCCCUGGUGUGUCUGAAAUGGAAGAAGAUAAAGGAAACUGUAGUUAAAGAAGCGGAUUUUCACUGGCAAUCUCUUCUUACUAUACUGAACAAGUCUAUUUUGAAUGAAAAUGCUGUUUUAAGAUGUAUGGCAGAAUGGCAGAUUGAGUCAAAAUCCACAUCGGAAUCAGUUCCAGAAGAGAAAUUUAAGAAGUCACCGUUUGAACCUUCCAAUGCAGCAGUGACAGAAGAUGGAAACUUAACAAGUUUGCAUUCAGACAGUACUAGUGAAAUGACCUGGUUAUGUCAGAAAACAGAGAAGGUCAUUAGAGGAGAGACUGAGAGGUUUGCCAACCAGAAGAAAGAGCUUCAAAUGGGAAUUACGAAGCUGCAUAAAACUAUCCAGAAAAUGAUGCAUGAAAAUGAACAGGUGCCAGACAUUGAGAAACUGGGACAGCAGGAGUUCAACCUGGAUAUGGAAGAGCAGGAAAGAGCACAAGCAGAGGCUGAACAAAAAGUGGCCAGGAUAAGGGAGAAGAUUGAAAUGGAGAUCUUAGCUAAUUGCUACUUGCAGGAUAUCAUCAAACAUGAGUGCUGGGAUUCCAUGUGUGUAAAAGGACGGGCAGUUAAGUGUUUCCAUACAGCUUUGGAUGUGAAGAAUUAUCCCCUGAAGAAACGUGAUGAAGAAGAGCUGAGAACUUUGGAGAAAGUUCUGCACUUAAGGAAGCUUGAAGCAGCUAAUCUUAAGGUUCAGGAAAAAGUUCUUGAGACUAAGUCUGAGACUGUGUUAUUCAAAGAAGAAGAGAAUACAGGAGAAGUCAUGGCUGGUGAUACUGCAUCUUGCUGCCUGGCUGGAAGUCUGAGUUCUCAGUAUGGUGCAGACACAUCUAUACUUUACCACCAAUUGGACUUGCACUCCAGAGAGCAGAAAGUCAAUCAGAUAGUAUUACUGAAGGACAUCCUUUACAAAGUGAAAACUGCUUUUAAUAAGGAAUUUGACAAAGUUGCUCAACAAAAGGAGCAGGAGAUAGCACGAAUUAAAGAAAGAAACAUAAGGAUCCGAGAAAUCUUGGGACAACUUGACCUCCAAGUGGAAGUGUGGGAGCCAGGUCUUACAUGUGAUGAGAAACCAGAGCAGGUGCUCACUGUUCAGGAUUCAGAGAUUAAAGCUGAGAAAUACUUGACUCCACAAGAGAGAGAGAAAGCAGAAAUGCUGACCAGACUUGAAAUGGAAAGACACCUUGCUUCUCUGGACAGUGAAAGACAGCGUGCUCUCAAUGACAUGAUGGGUGGAGUGCUAGAAGUCACGCAGGAAGAUAUCUUGAAAAUUGAUAUUCCUCCGCCUUAUUUUAUAUCCAAGCCUGAAGAUGAAUGGAGUGAUCAAGAAAAGAAAAUAUUCAGAGAAUAUGAAGAAAAAGUCCAAGAGCUGAAUGAAGAAAAAGAAAAGUAUAGAAGGGCACUGAAAAAUGAAUUGGAGGAACUUGAAGCUUCCAUCCAGGAAACAACACAAAACUUUGAUAAGACUGUAUGCAAACUCUUUGAAAAGAAAGUGAACUUAGAAAAGGUCAUCUAUCAGGAAGAACUCAAAAUUGUCAAUCUCAUUUAUUCUUUACUGUUGGAUGAGGAGUUGGACAGUAGAGAAGCUGGACUUGGUCAUUUCCUGGUAAAGAAGCAGAAAGAGAAAGUCAAGAUUGCGAGAACAGUGGAGACUACAAAAAAGAAAAUUGAAUUUUACACAGAACAGUAUGAUAAUGCAGUAGCUGAAGAUAAGAAUCUGGAAUAUGGUUUUAAGAAGAAGUUUGCUGAUGUUCCUGCUGAUCUUCUUGAUGAACUUUUGGAACUUUACAAAUGUCGACCAAAAAGUUGUUCAUUGUCAGCUGAAGAUUACAAAGAUGCACUCACCUGUUCAACGAAAGCCAUGGAUGAAUUGGAUAAUCCUGAGAACAUGCCCAAUGGCUUAGACCCAUCUAUAUGGGAAAAUUUUUGUCUAGCUAGACGAAAUAAAUUCAAGAGUGAGCAGCUGGUGAAAUGGUUGGCCCUAAUUCUGGCAGAAAUGGAGGUCUUUCUCCAAAGAAGAAUAGAUGACAAUGAGAAGAUGAGCUCAAAAAUAGAAAAGAUUUUCCAAGAACUCACUUGGUAAUUUUGUUUCUUUUCUAUAUUCAGCUACAUUUUGAUAUUCCACCAUCACAGUCACAUGCAGAAUUACACAGCUGUGUUCUUUUAUUUAGAAUUCAUAUGGAAGACCUAAGAUAUUUGAGAGGUAUGGCAGGAUUGCAGCAUAUGUGAGCAGGCUGAAGCCAGUCUUACCUUAGCAUUUUAAAUAAUGAUGUCAGUAGGGAUGGCAGCGUGGUCUUCAAUGCAAACUCGCUACCCCAAAAGCUGUAUCAUACAGUGAUUACCAAAAGGCUUUUAAGGUCUAGUUGAGCUAGCUGGUCUAAUUAAUUUUUCCUCAUGUAGGCCCAGAGAAACCACAGUGAUCACUCCUGUUUGCAGUUUGCCACUCAAUGGCAUGACACCUAAUUCCAAUGAAAUGAUUUCCAUUUUUUAUAUAUGCAAUAUUUUUCAUAUUCGUUGUCAUUCAGGAGCAAACCUCGGGAAAAAUUACAUU